UAAAUGUUGUGAGAUACACAGAUAAAGGAUUUGUUGUUAAUGUCUGUGAAUAGCUCAAAUUUGGCUUCAUCUUACUUUUCCAUCACUUUCUCUGAUUUACAAUCUAUAGUUGUAUACAAUUUUCUCGUUCAACAGUAAAUUCCGUAUCAAGACUUGGCUUCUUUUGACUUUGCAGGUUAGCUCUCUUCAACAGCUCUGAAACUGGAAGUAGUACAUAAUUUGAAGAAGAGCAACUUACACGGACACAAACGACCCAGCAAAAUCAAACGGAAUUUGCCAGGGAGUUCGGUUUAGAGGCUGCUGCCCAAUUGCAGAAUAUUUGGUCAUUGAAUUUAUAUCAGAAAUAAUUCUGUAUAUAAACGAUGGUUACCAAGGGUUGAGUGCAUUGCAACUCAAGUUAGCACAUCCUGAAAAAUCAUUGCCUAUUCGAUUAUGGCUUUAAUGUACCAAAAGCUAUGUGUCUCGGCCAUCUUUAUCCUUUUGGCCAUUGCAGCACCCCAAGCUACAUCCCGCGAGCUCCAAGAGUUACCAUGGCGUCAGAGACAUGAACAAUGGAUGUCAAAGCAUGGAAAGGUCUAUAAGGAUGCUGAUGAGAAAGAAAGACGUUUUAAAAUAUUCAAGAAUAAUGUUGAAUACAUACAAUCUUUCAAUGCAGCUGGAAGCAAACCGUACACGCUAAGCAUUAAUGCAUUUGCGGAUCAAACCAAGAAAGAGUUUAAGGCUUCCCGGAAUGGAUACAUGAGGCCUGAUGCACUCGGUUACAUGAAAGAACCAACAUUAAUGUAUGAAAAUGUUAAAUCUGUGCCUGCUAGCAUUGACUGGAGGAAAAAAGGAGCUGUUACUUCCGUCAAAGACCAAGGCAAUUGUGGGAGUUGCUGGGCUUUCUCAUCUGUUGCAGCCACAGAGGGCAUCCAUGCAAUCACUACAGGUGAAUUGAUUUGCCUCUCCGUGCAAGAACUGGUCUCUUGUGACACUGGUGGAGUGGAUGAAGGUUGCCAGGGCGGAAGUAUGCAAGGUGGGUUUGAAUUUAUAGUGAAAAACCAAGGCAUCAACAGUGAUAAAAACUACCCCUAUGAUGCAACUGAUGGUGCUUGUAACAAAAAGGAGGAGGCUGUUCAUGUAGCUCAAAUCAGUGGGUAUCAAAAUGUUACAGCUGAUAGCGAGUCAGCAUUAUUAAAGGCUGUGGCAAAUCAACCAGUGUCAGUGGCAAUUGAUGCCAGCGGAGCUGAUUUUCACUUCUAUUCGAGUGGUGUUUUCACAGGAAAGUGCGGAACUGAUCUAGACCACGGUGUUACAGUUGUUGGCUAUGGCGCCACCGGCGAUGGGACCAAGUAUUGGCUGGUGAAGAAUUCAUGGGGAACCUCUUGGGGAGAAGAAGGAUACAUAAGGAUGCAGCGAGACGUUGAUGCUAAGGAAGGUCUUUGUGGUAUUGCCAUGGAUGCCUCCUUUCCAACAGCUUGAUUGUGCUUGCAGAUUAUAGUUAGUUAUGACUCAAUUCACGUUAGGCACUAAAAUUAGCCAAAAUAAAUACUUCUAUCUUCGUUUGAAAUUGCGGUGAAUUGUAUCAGAAAAAUCUUUGUUAUAUCUACAAAUUAUGUAACUUCAUUGCAUCAGGGAACUUUGAAGUAUGUAAUUUUUGUUUUGUAUCUGGAAAUAUUUAAUGUUUUGGGGGCGCAUAAGAGUGAAAAAUAUGUGAGCCUUUAAUGUUUGUAUGGCUAUUUAUGACCUUAGAGACAAA